AUGUUUUUAUUAUGUCGAAUAAAUUUAGCCAAAAAAAUUAAAGAGAAAAUACCUUACGGUGUUAAGCAAAGUCAGAAUUAUAAAGAUGCCAAAAAACAAGAAAGGUUAGCAUUAGAAGCUAAUAGAAAAUUGAAAGAAAGUAGAGGUAUGUUAUUAGAUGGAAAAAAAAAUUUAUUCAUGAGUUUAAGACAAAAUAGUGAUAUAAACUGGUAUAGAGCUGGACAAAUAUUAAAACAUCUAGAAAUACAUCAAAGAGCAAAGCCGGAAAUAACUCCAAGCCUUCGAGAAAAAAUUACUAGCAUAGCAAAUUUUGUAAAAAAAGGAAGAUAA